AUGAAAGACUUGGAAGCAUCUCAAUCUACUCUUUCCUAUGCAGUUAUUCUUUCUGGUUGCGCGUUUUUGGUGAUGGUUGUCACAACUCCAGUAAUAUUCUACACAAUGAGUGAAAUGACUAUGCAACUUGAAUCGACUAAAGUUGGAUUUGAGGAAACAUCAAAUAUGUUGUGGAAAGAAUUGGUUCAAGGAGAACAAGACAGAAGACGUGUUAGAAGACAAGCUGAAUGUUAGUUUUAAUCAAAGAGAGAAACAAAAACUAAAUAAUUUUGUUUCAGACAAAGAAGGUGGUGCUGCUGGAGCUGGUUCGGAUGGAGUUGAUUCAAGUUGCCCAGCUGGUCCAAAAGGAGAGCCUGGAACUCCAGGACAACCUGGAACAGAUGGAGAGGAUGGAAAACCUGGAAAAGACGGAUCUGACGGAACAAAUGAAGCUGCGGCUACUUCUUCAAGUGAUAGUUGCACACCAUGUCCAGCGGGACCACCAGGAGCUCCAGGAUACAAAGGAAAACGUGGACCAAGAGGAGAGAAGGGACCAAAAGGACCAUCUGGAAAUCCAGGAAGAGAUGGUUCACCAGGAGAUGAAGGACCGGAGGGAGAUCACGGACAUCCUGGACCAAUGGGACCACCUGGAGAAAAAGGAGCACCAGGAGAAGAUGGAAAAGGAUUUGCUAAAGGAGCACCAGGACCAAAAGGAGAACCAGGAAUGGAUGGAUUACCAGGAGACGAAGGUCUUCCAGGAGAUCGUGGAAAUGAUGGAACACCAGGAGCUCAAGGAGCACCAGGGCCACAAGGAUCGCCAGGAGAAAAAGGACCAGAUGGUUUCCCAGGACUUCCAGGAAAUUCCGGAUCUUCUGGAGAUGAUGCAGCAUAUUGUCCAUGUCCUUCAAGAAAAGGUGAUGGUGCUGCAGCUGUCGGAGGCGGAGAUGCAAAACCAACCGAAGAAUAUAAGGCUGAAACUGAAUUUGAAGGAACAACUGCAGCCGAAAGUGCACCAGCUUCAGAGACUUAUCCAACCAAGAAUCGCGCUAGAUUUGGAGCUCGUCAACGUGCCGCUGCUACCAAGAAAUCAGCUGUUUAUUAA